AUGCAUCUUCGUCCAUAUGAACCCCGGGAUAUCUCCUCCAUCGCCACGAUCACGGCUCUCUGUAACCUCACAGACCCUUUAGAAUGUUUCCGAAAUCGGAAUAUGGAAACAUGGUGGCUUACGUAUCGAAAUUCUGUGAUGCGAGAGCUGAAAAUGAUGCUUUUGAUGCCAAGCGUUGUUUGUGUGGUUGUGGAGGGGGACGCGGGGGAUGCUGUUUUGGAACGGGAUGUAGAACGUGAUGUGCGUAAUGAGGUUGUUGGAUUGGCGAUUUGGGAAAGAGAGGGGGAAGGGAAAGAGCAAAGAGGGAGUUUUUGGUCUGGUAUGGGAGGUCUGGGGUAUGGUUUUGCGGUUAAGCUAAUGUUGGUUACAGAACUCAAUCGAUUCUUACACUCUACAACUAUGAAAUACUUCUCUUUCUGGGAUCCCACUGCUCAUCGCAAGAAUGCCGCGCUGUUGCAACCUGUAAUCUCUGCUGAAUGUCCAGAAGCUACGUUCAAGAAAUUCUGGCAUUUACAUGGUCUAUUUAUCUUGCCAACGUGCCAGAGACGUGGCUUAGGCGCCUUAGCCUUACAGUGGGGAAUAGAUCAAGCCACGUCUGAACAUGUUCCGAUAGUUGUAAAUGCUAGUUCAAGGGGUGUUGGGUUGUAUGAAAAGAUGGGAUUCCGUGGUGUCAUGAAACAGGAAUUUGAUCAAUUCUUUGAAACGGGGGAAAGGGGGAUGUGGGUUAUGGUUUGGAAUCCUGAAGGUCAUGAAAAAUUAAAUUAG